CAAAACUAUACUGUAUUCUUCUAUGUUUUACACUUCUCUCCAAUCGUCAGCAAAUCUUCGGCUCUUUGCUGAUAAAUAAGAUUCCCAUCACAGAAGAUCAAGUUUUUGUUCGUCAUCUUUCCCUGACAUGUGACUACGACUUUUCUGCCAUGACAAGUCUUUUGUUACAGUAAUGAUCGUUAUUGCUGAAGUACACAUAAUAACUUAUAAUUGUCGUUCCUUUACAGGUGAUGGACAAUGGUCAGCCUGGAACGGAUGGUCAGCGUGCAGUGAAACAUGCGGCGACGGGACACAAACGCGGAGCCGCAGCUGUGAUAACCCUGAGCCAGUCAAUGACGGUGCCGACUGUGUGGGACAUGGAGACGAGACCCAGUCUUGCAACGAAGGGGACUGUCCAGUUGCGGGGCAGUGGUCCACGUGGCUGUCCUGGUCCAGCUGUAGUUCCCCGUGCGGAGAUGGUACACAAAUUCGCGCACGCUACUGUGAUAACCCUUGGCCUGCAAACGGAGGGGCGGACUGUGAUGGGGACGCGGAGGAGUCGCAACCAUGCAACGACGGAGAUUGUCCAGAUAACGGACAAUGGUCUACAUGGGGUAGCUGGUCCGGUUGCAGUGUGGACGGUGUGCAGAGCCGAACACGCACCUGUGACGAGCCCGCCCCCUCGGGUGGAGGCCUCGACUGUGUCGGUCACGACACUGAAGAACAGCAAUGUGACGUUUAACAUGGUCAUAAUUUUAACCUAUCGAGUCCACAAACCCAUCAACAAUCAAAUAAUGUCACAACAACCGAUUAACAGGCAUCUCUGGGUAGCAUAGUAUUAAUAAUCAUAAUCGUUCAUACAAUCAUUAAUAACAUGGAUGAAGACAAUACCAGUCCAGUAACUUUAACAUAUUGGACAUGUAAGUUACGUUUUUUUAAAUUCAUAUUUCAUACGUGUGUACACACAAAAAACAUAAGCCAGAGACUAACAGUUUGCAACUUCCAAUUAACUUAACAGUGUAUAACAAAUAGGUUCUCACUUUAGCAAAUGUUUUUCAUUUUUCACUUUGUUGUAGUAAGAACGUAGAAGGCCUAAGGAACCUCUCAUUGUAGACAGUUUAACGUGUCUACUUCUAAAGAUAAAUAUUUUUGCAAUAAAUGAUAGUGUGCUCGUAUUACUAGAAUGAUCUAAUGAACCUAAUAAUAUAAUUCUAGGUGUAAGCCUGAGUACAAUAUUCAUAUACUUCUGGAUCCAACGUUCCAUCUCUUCCCUAAAGACUUAACAAGUACAGAACAAUGGCAAAAUAUAUGGAUGGGGGUCUCUUCUUCGAUAUCAUAAUAAAACAUAUAGUUUACUGUCUGAUAAAUUCCAUUUGUAAAGCUUAUUUCUAAGAGCUAGGAAAGUAUGUAAUAGCUUAUAUUGAAAAAACCUUAAGUAUGUAUUAAAUUUUCGUGAUUUUGUAAUUUCUCGCAAUUGAUAAUUUACCCUAUCUGAUACUUUAUUCAUUUAUGCAAAAUCUAAUAAUUAAAUCCCUUCGUACUUCACUUAAAAAUUUACUAGUUAUUUCUAGAGAAUAGUUAUGUACUGGUACAGUCAUCGUAGUUGAUAUGUACUACCUUACCACUGUUACAUUUUUUAGAAAUCUUUGAUAGCCAUAAUCUAUAAUUUGGGUAUCACAAAACUUUCCCUGUCUAGCUAUAUGUGGUAUCUCUAAUGCGUUUGUGGCCGUUCACUUCUAAGAAAGGAGAUCGAGUAAAGAAGAUGUACAAGUAAAAGAUACGAAGAUCAGCCCAAUAGGAGCUUUGUCUACUGCGUACCAAGUUAUUGUGUAUAUAUGAAUCGUAGAAUUCGGCAAAAGUAGGGUAAUUGGCCAGAAGGAUUAACAUGUACAUUUCCCCUCCGGUGACGUCUUGCAAAAACCUAUGCUAAUUUCAGCCUCCCGGCUACUC